AUGUCAACAGAAAUAUCUAAAGAUGAAGCAGCCGUAUACGACCGCCAAAUCAGACUCUGGGGCCUUGACGCGCAACAGAGAAUUGGUAAAGCUAGUAUCCUCAUUGCUGGCAUGCGUGCAUUGAGCGACGAGGUGUGCAAAAAUAUUGCGUUGGCUGGUGUAGCAAGCAUUACAUUGCUUGAUCAUGAAACAGUUACCGAAUUUGAUUUGGGAGCUCAAUUUUUCUUGACAGAAGCUAGUGUUGGCCAAAAUAGAGCAGAGGCAGCCGCAGCUAGUAUCAGGAAUUUGAAUCCUAGAGUCCAAGUCAUCGUAGAUCAGCAAGACGUUCGUGAGAAACCAGCAGAGUAUUUCGAAUCAUAUUCAGUUGUAUGCUUGAUCCACUCCGAAUACGAUAUAAUCUCCAGAGUGGAUAAAAUCAGAAGAAAUAUCAAAAAGCCAUUCUAUGCCGCAGAUGCUUUUGGAUGGUUUGGAUAUAUAUUUUGUGAUUUGACUGAACACGCUUACAUACAAGAAAAGAAAUCAAAUCCUCACCCUAAUUCGAAAGCACAACCAACUGUUGAAAAAAUCCCACAUGUCGAAACCUAUUCUAGCCUGAAUGACUCUUUACAGAAAAAUUGGUCAGACAUGAGAAUCAAAGCACUCAAGAGAAGAGUUUCACCAUUAACAUUUCUAAUGCACAUGUUGUUCAAGUUUCAAAGAGAUCAUCAUCGAUCACCAACCAAUGAGGAUGUCGAGUAUUUGAUCAAGAGUAAAGCGACACAUUUGGCAGAUAUGGGAAUCGAAGAUACAAGCGUUUUGGAUGACAGAUUACUCAACGAUCUUGCUUCUUUAUUCGACACUGAAAUCUCACCUGUGGCCGCUAUUGUUGGAGGUAUUUUGGCGCAAGAUAUUUUGAGAACACUUUCUGCGAAUGAAUUGCCCAUCCAAAAUUGGUUUUACUAUAACGGCCUAGAUGGAUCUGGAUUAGUUCACAAAAUCUAG